AAAUAACAGCCGCAGGUGCUUUUGAAUAAAUAACUUUAUAUGGUUUUUCAUAUUUGAUUUUCAAAUAUGUAUGCAUCUCUUUAUUAAGUAUGCGCCUUUCUGUUUCUUAUAUAGUAUCUGAAUUUCGUUCAUUUAUGUUUAAAUAAUUGUAUAUUGCUUUGGAUAAGAUGUCAACUGCUCAGACAGGGACAUAAGUGACAUAAGAGACAGACGCCAUAAGUGACGUGACAGGUGACAGCAGUGACAGGUGACGAAAGUGGCAUUUUAUUCACUCAAAUUCAGAUGUUAGUCAUAAUAUUUCUGACAUAAAAAACUGAAAGUUUUUAAAAGUGUAAUUGGAUGAAAGUGUUAAUUUAAAAAAAAGUGUAAUUAAAUAAUUUCAUUGCAUUGUUUAAAAGAAAAACAAACUUUGUAAGGAUUUGAAUAAAGACAAAAGACAUUAAUUUCCCACUAUCUGCCUGUAUUGUUUAGAAAAAAUUAAAUCAUCAGGUAGUUUAAGCUGCUGUAUUAAAGUACAUAUUUGUUGCAUAUUUUGAUAGCCAGAAAUCAUGGAAUUCGAAGAUAUUUUGAAAAAUGUAGGAGAUUUUGGAUGGUAUCAAAAGUUCCUCUUAGUUGUUUUUCUAGUGCCAACAUAUCUUUUUAUUCCGUGGGUAUCUUUGAACGCCAUCUUCAUUUCUGCCACUCCUCAACAUUGGUGCUACGUUCCUGAAGUGCAUUCAUCAAAUCUUUCUACGGAUGAGCAAAAAUAUCUAAUUAGACCCCCUCAAGAUCCAUCCUGCUCAAGAUAUGACGUUAAUUAUACAGGUGUUCUACACUCGGAUAAUAUCACAGUGGAUGAGAGCUGGUCCGUGAUUGAAUGCGAUCUCGGAUGGCAAUACGAUAAUACACACUACGAUGAAACAGCUGUAACUAAAGUAAGGAACUUUAUGCUAUCUUCUUUAAUAAAUUCUAUAUUGAUAAGAUGUCAACUGCUCAGACAGCUUUCCUUUUGUAGGUGCGGUCGGAAACCAACGUUUUUAGGUUUAACACUGAUAGUAGCUAUUGCUGAAAUAGGAUCUGCUUUCUCUCCUUCCUUAAUGUUGUUUCUCGUCUUAAGAAUAAUCAUUGGAAGUACAAUGACUUGUUUGUAUAGUCUUGGAUACAUCAUCGUUCUGGAGUUAGUUAGCCCCAAUAUUCGAUCCAGGAUAAACGGAGUCGCCACGAACUGUUGGAGUCUAGGUCUAUGUUUACUGCCAUUAUUAGCUUAUAUUACAAGAAGCUGGGUCUAUCUUAGUAUUGUAAUGGCGGGUGCAUCAUCAGCUUGUUUUCUAUUAGCAUACUUUAUACUGCCUGAAUCUCCAAGCUGGCUGAUAUCGCAAGAAAAAUACGAAGAAGCUGCUAAAAUCUUGGAAAAAAUUAGUAAAAUGAACUGUCAAGAUGUAUCUUAUGAAGAACUUUUGAAAAACAUUCAGAAUUUAGAAAAAAAGAAAAAGAAAAUCGAUUUCAAGAGCAAUUCACCAAUCAGUCUGUUUACGUAUCCAAACAUGAGAAAGAGAUUCUUUUUUUGCAUUAUAGUAAUGAUAGGAGUUUCCAUACCUUAUUAUGGAUUGCAAGAAAAUAUUGUCAACUUAAGUGGAAAUGAAUUUCUGAAUUUUUUCUUUUUGUCUCUUAUUGAAAUACCGGCUCAUCUCCUGACUUGGUGGCUUUUGAACAAAAUAGGAAGAAAGAAAACAAUUAAGUUUGCAUUCAUAUUCACCAUCGUGUUUUGCUUGAUACCAGUAUUUUCCCCUCAAGACAAUUCAGAAAUUCAGAUUGUAGUUGCUAUUUGUGGGAAAGCUGGAGCAAGUGCAGCUUUCAUGGCUCAGUACCAGCAUUGUCCAGAACUGGUCCCAACUCCUCUGAGAGGUAUUGCGAUGGGCUUCAUCAGUACCAUUGGAGUUGGUUCCACGCUCUUCUCACCAUUUAUUGUCGGUUUGGAUAAACACGGAUCAUAUUUUCCUUACCUAGUGUUUGCUAUUAUUUGUUCAGCUUGUGGCUUUUGUGGCAGUUUCUUGCCAGAAACUUUAGGUAAAGUGUUGCCUCAAUCCGUGGAAGAUGUUGAGAAUGCUGAUAAGCAUCGAAGAUCUUUGUGUACUGGGUGGUGUAUGAUGAAAAAGUAUGACUUACAAGAUGAAGACUCGAAUAAAUCAGAAGUCUCCAAAUGCAAAGUUCCAAAUGUUACUAUACAUUUGUCAGCACACACCCUUAAUAAUCUUAAAUGCUUGUAAAUUUACUUUCCUUAAAUGGUGUUUUCUGAAACUUUCUUGCCAUAGAAAAUAAAAAAAAACACAGUUUAAUUUUAGACAAAUAUUAAAUUUUGCUUAAAAAAAUCUGAGUGGGCUUUAGAACUAACAAGACCUUUAUUAAUAUAAAAGUUAUAAGUUCUUAAGAAAAAAAUCCAAGUAUGUAAAAUUCUAUUACCUAAAAGAAAUUUAUUGAAAUCAAUAAUGAAUUCGAAAAUAUCACAUAUUCUUAUGAGCCCAUACAAUACAGUGAAAUAAAAAAUUAGUUUUAAUUUUCUACAAGCAGACUUUUCUUACUUUUGACAUUUGGCUUCAUAUUUUUGGAGGCUACUGGUUUUAUUUCAAUAAAGUUGGACAAAACUUGUCAAUUAUAAAUAACAGCUACAGAUUCACGACAGUUGAUUAGUUUAAGAUCAGCCUUAAUAUAUUGCUCAACCUAUAAAAAUAAAAAAGAAUCAUGUGUGAAAGUCAUAUUUCAAUAAUACAAAUUAAAUUGAUUCAAUAUUACAAAUUAAAAAUUGUAAUUACUUAAAGCUGUAUUUUGUUCAAAAAAUAUAUGAAAUGGAAUUUUUGAAAUUUUUUUAUUAAAUAUAUGGUUAUAAAAUAUAGCUUUUAAUUAAAAGUUUUAUUCAACAUUGAUACGGAUACUGUGUUUUAUGUAUUAAUAGUUCAAUAAAAAAAUACAGCCAAGUUAUA